AUGUACUCCAUUAAUGUGGGCUUGGAGAACGCUGAUGACACCCCUCUACAGGAAGUGACUCAACUCUACGGUGACGUUGACGGUCUUCUAACUGCACUACAUCAAUGUAUGGCGCGGUGGAAUAGUACUGUCGCACCACCGGAUGAAUUGCUGCCCUUGUUACAUUGUGUGCGCAAGUACACCGCUCUAAGUGGUUUAUCACGAAAUGAAAGAUCUGUUCAAGACAUGAUAUCUCUCUCUUUGAACUCCAUAAUUAGACGGGCACUGAAAUUUGAGGUGCUAUCUGCUAACAGUGAUAAUGGUGACGAUGAAAAAGAUGGGAGUGAAGAGGAAGAAGAAGAGGAGGAGGCAACUAGCGCAUCUAUAAUGCAUCAGAUCAUAGCAGUGGCAUCAGCGGCGAUAUCUAACUGCUGCGGUGGGACUACGCGACGUGAUGCGGAUAUGCUCUUGUGGGUGAAGAUGCAUGAUAAGAUGCUGCGUGUUGUGUUCGGCUUUGCCGAUUACGCAGAUGGUGAGACAGGGGCAAGACUAUGGGCUGGUGCCGUAGCACUUUCACUCUACAUACUUGAGCACUGGAAUGAAAUGCUGCUAUUACCGAUACCCAAGACUCUUCCCAAUAAGGAGGUGGAUGCUUCCUUACGUGUUAUUGAGGUUGGAUGUGGUCCUGCACUUGUGUCACUUGUAUUUGCCACUUGUCUUUUGAACUGCCAGCAGUUGUUGCAAUGUACACGUCUGGACGUUACGGACAUUUCGCCUGCUGUCGUGACAGAAGUACGGCGCUCUUUUGCAACCCGCAAUGGGCCUGAGUUGGCUGCACUAUUAACAGAAAAUCCACAAGUAAGUCGACGAGAUGCGACAAAAGCAACAGAAGCAAUUGUACGGACAUUUUGUUUAGACUUUGCGGAUAUUCCUGCGGAACUUUGUCAACAAUAUGAUGUGGUGCUUGGUAGUGAUAUUGUUUACGAUCAUGACAUCGCCGCACAUGUGGCACCUGCGCUCGUGCAGCUUCUGCGCCCUGGCGGUGUGGCCUUUGUUUGCUGUGAGCGACACCGGGAUGGUAUGGUAUCUUUUGUCGACACCAUUCGAACAUGCAUGGGAAACUCUCUGGAGGUUCUAGCGAACUAUGCGGAUAUUCAGACAGAGCUGCAACAGUUGCACAUGAUACCUGGGCUUACAACAACCGCGUGCUCUCUCGUGGUACUGCGUCGAAUAUCUUGUACAAUUGCAUAA